AUGUCUGAGAACGCACAGCCUAACGAGAGGGUCAUUCCACUCACGAAACCUCCUGCAGAGGGUGCAGCAGAAGGUGAGGGAGAGAAGGGACCCUCUAAGAGUGCAUUGAAGAAAGCAGCAAAGGACAAGGAAAAGGCAGAGAAAGCAGCGAAACGAAAAGCAGCAGAAGAUGCUCAGAAGAAGGAGCAAGAAGCCAACGAUGUUUCGAAGAAUGACUAUGGCGAUCUCGACGUCGAUGGAGCAUGGCCUGAAGACUUUCCCGGCGAAGACAAAGUGCCAUAUGUCGAGCUGGGCGACCUGGAAGAGUACUUCAAGGACACGAGCAAGAUGGAUGCACCUGGAGGACCACAUAUCACGUUUCGAGCACGUGUAGAGAACGCUCGAAGUCAGUCCGCUAAGCUAGCGUUCCUCGUAUUCAAGAAGGGCACAGCAACGAUACAGGCAGUCGUUGCAGCCAGCGAGGAGCUCAGCAGGCAAAUGGUUAAGUUCGCCUCGAGCAUACCCGCCGAAAGUUAUGUUCUGGUACAUGCGCUUGUCAAGCAACCAAAGGAGGCUGUGAAGAGCACAACCAUUCAGAAUCUGGAAGUACAUGUCAAGAAGCUCUACAUCGAGGGCAAGGCAAAGGCACAACUACCCAUGCAGGUAGCCGAUGCUGAGCGAGCUAUCCCCGUGGAAGGCGAGGAGGAGACGUCAGAGGAGGGUAGGCCAAUCGUGACACUCAACACUCGUCUUAACAAUCGCGUCAUCGACCUUCGGGCAAAACACAACCAGGCAAUAUUCAAGAUCAAGUACAAUAUCAAAAAGCUCUUCAUGGAAUUCCUCGACGCCCGCGACUUCAUCGGUAUCGACACUCCACGCCUCCUUGGCUCAGCAUCAGAAGGUGGCGCGAACGUGUUCGAGGUUAAGUACUUCGACCGCCAAGCCUUCCUCGCCCAAUCACCACAACUCUACAAACAAAUGCUCGUAGCCGCCGGCCUCGAACGAGUCUUUGAAAGUGGACCCGUCUUCCGCGCAGAGAACAGCAAUACCGCUCGCCAUCUGACAGAGUUCACUGGUCUUGAUCUCGAGAUGGCGUUCAGCCACGACUACCAUGAGGUUGUCUCCCUACUAGAAGAACUCAUGCUUCACAUCUUCAACGGCCUCCGCCAAAAUUGCAAACGCGAAACCGAUCUCGUCCGCUCAAUUUACCACGUCGAGGACUUCAAGCUCCCCGAAGCCGGCAAAGUCCCCCGACUGAAGUUCCCAGAAGGCAUCAAGAUGCUCCGUGAUGCCGGGGAGGAGAUUGGGGACUUCGACGAUCUCUCCACACCACAGGAGAAACGCCUCGGCGCCUUGGUUCUGGAGAAAUACGGCUCAGACUUCUACGUCCUGGACCAGUACCCCCUGGCUAUCCGACCCUUUUACACCAUGCCCACAACCCAAACCCGCGCCUCCUACGACCCCGCCAACCCUAACGCAGGCUACAGUAAUUCCUACGAUUUCUUCAUGCGCGGACAGGAAAUCAUGUCCGGCGCUCAGAGAAUCCACGAAGCGGAGUUCUUGGCUAAGAGGAUGCGGGAGCAUGAUGCUAAGGUUGACCCCGAGAGCGCCGGGUUGAAGGAUUAUGUGGCUGCUUUCGAGGCUGGGGCGCCGAAGCAUGCUGGAGGUGGGAUUGGGUUGGAGAGGAUUGUUAUGUUGUGGUUGGGCUUGCCGAAUGUGAGGUUGGCUAGUUUGUUUCCUAGGGAUCCGGGACGAUUGACUCCUUAG